AGCUCCUCACUCCUGUCCGCUUUCCCCCAGAUUGCCGCCAGUGUGCAGGUGCAGGUGCCCUGGUGGCCAGGUGCAGCGCGCGCGCGCAAGCUGCAAGCACAGACGGAGCCAAGGACGGCCCAGAUGCAAGCCCCCCCUUCACAAGUUCACGGGCUCAAAUGUCCAGGGCCGUACGGUGGUCCCACCUCUGCGCCGGUGCUCUUUUUUUCAUAUCCAUAA